AUGGCCACGGAGGCAGAUGACCACGUGGACGACCCGAUCCUGGCCCUGGUGUCCGCCCUCGAGUCCGCGCGCCAGUCCGGCACCGCAGACCAAAAGAUUGCCGCCCUGAAGGCCGUGCGCGAGGCUAUCAACCCCGUGGACGAUUCCUACCUGGUGCAGAAGGACCUGGCGACGGAGGGCGCCGUGGAGGCGGUGGUGGGGAUGCUGGGCGAGGGGGACGAGGCCGUGGCGGUCGAGGCGGCGGGCGCGGUCGGCGCGCUGGUGGCGCACAGCGAGACGGUGUCCGUGAGGCUGAGGCACGGGCGGGAGGUGGGGUACGGCGGCCGGCCGGACCAGGUCAGCUUCAACCCCGUGCAAGGCACGCUUGAGGAGGUCCAGGGCGUCAGGAAGCUUGUCGACCUCCUGUUCGGCCAGUCCGCCAGCGCCAAGGACGCCGCGUACGACGCCUUGAUGUCCGCCUGCUCCUACAACCACGAGAACAAGCUGGCGUUCCUCCGCGCCCUGCUUGGCCGCCUGCUGGACGGCCGCGCAGAGGCGCUCGAGUUCCUGGACACGCUGAUGGCUGGGCUGGAGAUGACCGACGACGUGGCCGUGGUCCUGGACCAGGCGCUCAUGCCCGUGCUGAAGAUCGCCAAGGCGGCGGAGGGCAGGGAGAAGGUGGACGCCGUGGUGCUGCUGGGGACGAUCUGCGAGGAGCGGCCGGCGGCCUCGGCGUUUCUUGUUGGCGAGGGCUUGCUGCAGCCAUUGGCACAGAUGAUCAUCACAGGGGACACACGGGCCCGGGAUGCAGCAGUGCACACGAUGUUUCAGGUGAUAAGGAAGAACAAGCGAGUGCUGGGGCGCGGCGAGGAGGUCCUGGGCGUGAAGGGCAGCUCCCUGGUCGACCCGCUGAUCCAGAUCGUGCAGGCGCCCGCCCCCGCGGAGGGUCAGGAGGAUGGCAACCCCAAGGGAUUCGACAGCAGCGACGAGGCCGCGCUCGUUCUCAAGGCGCUGGCGGAGCAGGACCCGGCGUCCAGGGAGCAGGUGGAAGAAUGGAAACGGACGCGGCCGCAAGGGCUGGACCCGGAGCCGGGGAGGUGUCCAAUAAUGUGA